AUGCCCGAAUGUUCAACAGUGCCAGAAACGGUGCCAACAAAUCAUGAGGAUGAUGCAGAGCAUCGAAGGUUGCAGCUUAUCAAUUUUGGACACUCUCAAUGGGGAUUUAAUAAUUGGAGUUGGUCUGUUACCAAGCAAGAAGUUGAUUUCGUGGAUUUCAACAAUGGCAAGUACUGCGCAGGAGUCGCCGCCUUCGUUAAUAUCACUGUGAAAAAGUUCGACAUUUACCGGGAGAACAUUGGAUAUGCCACUACCGUCGCCAAUUCUAAAGGAUUUGCUGUCUACAAGUCCAGAAAGUGCGCUGUAACUAAUGCACUUCGCGAGACAUUGCUAAGCUUCGGGGGCAGCGUGGCCACUGAACUCUUGGAACUGCUGGAGUCCCAUCGCACAGAAGUCGGAGCGCCCGCUAACCAACCCGAGCCGCUUGCAGAGAACAAUCAAAAUGUAGCCAACAGACCUGCCGAGCCGAAGAACGCACCGCACAAUCGUCCGCCGAGAAAGGAUUCGGUGGACGUGCCGCCCCCCGCAGCCCUGAGGUCUCCCUUGGCACCCCCGCAGCCGCCGCCGCCCGCCGUGAAGAACGCUCCUGCCGCAAAGCCGUUGCCGCUCGGGCCGCCGCCUCCCUGCCCCCCCGUUCCGCCGGCCAACAGGCCCAUGGCGGGAGCGACCCGGCCCGUACCCGCGCGCCCCAACUCCAACGUAAGUUUUGUGCUGCAGCCCGUAGUGGGCGGAGUCGUGCCGCCGCUGUACGGCGCGGGCCCCCGCCUGAGCGCCCCGCCGAUGUCGCACGUGCUCCCGCCCACCUACUACGAGUACCCUGGGCCCUGGCACUUCGCCUACGAGAGCUACGAGCGCCCGCCAGGAAACGUCAAUCUCAACUUCAAUCUACCGCCGAAGAAUUUGGUGGUGAACGGUCGCGGGGGAGUAGAGUGCCGCAACGCUUGCCGGCCCUCGGACGAGCUGCCGCCGCCGGCCCAGCCGUGCUGGAUCAAGCCCACCAUUUUCUACGACGGGUUUUGGACCGAGCAGAAGGUGAAAAAGUGGGUAGCGGAACAGGUGGAAAAGCAGUUUCCGGAGGAGUCGUCGCAACCGCCGGUCUCUCCUGCCGCAUCCGCCCCCCACCAGCCCGCGCAGGAUAACAAGGCCUGA